AUGGAUCUUGGUGAAAAUUAUAAAGACUUGUGGUCUGUGCGUUUUGCAAAGAUUGUCCGCAAACAUAACUUGACUGUAGCUAAAUCCCAGGUUGACUGGGGUGUGCUGACCACAGCAUUUUUCGAACAUUUAUCCAAAAACCAAUCGGCAACCCCUUCAGAAGCAUCAUCGACAAAAAAUACUACCACCACUAAUAAUACCACCCCAAAACUAAAAGAAGGCGACUAUAAGAAGUUUGACGCGAUUCUCAAUCGCAACACCUUUUGGACACUUAGUACUGGGACGGUGGUGGAAGAUAAAGUUAAGGAGCUUGCCAUCAAACUGUCCAACGAACAAGUUUAA